UUCAGACAGGUCAUUCGUCAUUGUUACAAUAAUUUAUAGUCCCUAUACUAAAACUAUUACUAAAAUAGAUUUCAUAUGCUGAGCCUUAACAUCUACACAGCUUCCAUAUAUUCCUCCAAUAAGAAGAAGGCCUUCUCCAAAAGAAAGUUUUUUAACUUCUUUUUGAAUUUAGGGAAUGAAUCAGUGUCCCUAAUUGAAGAAGGUCACUGAAGGCUAUUUUGGACAUGUUGAUGGAAGAUAGUUCUGAUGAAGAUAUAAUUGAAAAUGACAGUGAUGACAAUGAAGAGGACCAGAUAGAGGUAAAAAUCGACGUGUCGGACAUUGAAGAAGCGGAUUUGCCAACGGAUCAACCAGAAAAUCUACAAGUGGUCGAAAAUGAACUGGAACAGGUUUCAAGUGACGAUGAUGAUGUGCCACUAGCACAUCUAUUCAUGGUGAGGGACAAAGAUAAGAACAUUAUAAAAUGGAAAACUUAUCCUUCUUUACCUAGGAAUGUUAGAACAAGAGCAGAAAACAUUGUUUUGCAGCUUCCUGGACCAGUAAGAGAAGGUAAAACUGCCAAAACUGAUCUGGAAUGUUUCUCUCUUUUAGAGGGCGGUGCUACCUUUGUGGAAGGGCAAGGGAAAAAACAUCACGAAAAGCUUGUGGAAAAUGUGGACAUUUCAUCUGCGGAGAUCACUCUGUGUUAGUGUAUAGAAGCUGUGUGGAGUAGACAAUACCUCCUGUCAUUUAUAAAGUUUAGCGUAAGUUUUUUCAAUUUUUUUUUAUUUUGCUUUUUUAUGCUUUCUAUUUUUAAAUGAUAUAUGACAGUAGAGGAAUAAACAGUCACAUGUUUCAACACACUUGUAACUAUGCACACCUUCAAUGUCAUGUGAUGUACAUAGAUGUAUACGUUCAUUUGAAACUGCUAUAUCUACAGUAAUUUCAGUUUUUACUA